AGUUCCAUCACAAAAUCGAAACCUUUACUGCUGACGUGCCGCAUAUGCAUUUGUUUACGUGAAAAGUUAGCUUAUUUAACAAAAAUCUCACAAUGCUAGAUAUACAAACACACAUGGACUUUGAGGGCCAAGCAAAGGCAGAGCGCUGGUCCCGCCUCAUUAUAACAUUUUUCGGUGUCAUCGGUCUUGUUUAUGGAGCCGUUGUCCAGCAGUUCUCCCAGACAGUUUAUAUUCUGGGUGUGGGCUUUCUACUGUCCUCAUUGAUUACAAUUCCACCAUGGCCCCUGUUCCGCCGUCAUCCCUUGAAAUGGCAAAAGGCCGUGAAUACCGAACCCAAGUCGCAGUCACAUUCCCCCUCUGAAUCGAGUGAUGAGGGCAAGAAGAAAAAGAAAUAGCUUUAAAUUAACUUAAUCUUUUAUUUUGUCUGUCUGAAUAAAGGACAAACAUAUUUAAAUGGGA